AUGCCUUCUGCACCAGAGACUAGACCCGAGGAGAACCCUUGGGAGAAUGUCGCAGCACCUACCAACGGCAGCAACCUUAUUAGCAAAGUCCAUCGAGAACCAUACGAGUCAAUCUCACCAACUCGUCCUGAACUUUCUCAGGCUGGCCAUACUGUUCUCGUCGCUGGGGCCUCCACUGGAAUUGGCUUCAGCAUCGCCGAAUCCUUCGCCACAGCCUCUGCGACUCGUCUCAUCAUCACCGGCCGACGCAAAGAUGCCUUGGAUAAAGCCGCUGACAAGAUCAAGACGAAGUACUUCAAUGUUGAAGUCAUUCCGAUUAUCAAUGAUUUCGCUGAUGAGAAUGCCACUCGAGAGUUCUGGAAGAAACUUGCCGGAGACGGCAUCUUUGUUGAUGUUCUCGUGUUAAGUGCUGCGAAAAUGUGGCUGCCCAACACUAUUCUUGGACUUGGAUAUGAAACCUUCAAGGAUGGCCUUGGGGUGAACCUUAUUGCUCCGUAUUUGUGGACGAGCUUGUUUUAUAAGCAGCGAGAAAUCGACCCUUCACGAAAGCUGGUUCUCCUCAACUUAUCCAGUAUUGCAAUCCAUCUAACUCAACUUUCUAUUCCCAUUCCUCUAUACUCAAUCACUAAGAGCGCUGGGACGAUGAUGAUGCAGCACAUAGCAAUGACCGUCCCCUCCAGCGAGAUGCACAUCAUCAGCUUCGAGCCCGGACUCCACUAUACCGAGUCAUUCGAACGUUUCACCGAUGAGAAUAGUUUCAAGUGGGAUGAUAUUAAAUUGCCAGGCGAUUUUGCUGUUUGGGCGGCGUCUAAAGAAGCCGAGUUUCUCCACGGGAGGUUCAUUUGGGCGAAGUGGGAUGUCGAUGAACUCAAGAAUGGACCUCUUCGGAAGAAAAUUGAGAGUGACGCUUCGCUUUUCAGAGUCGGUGUCAGUGGAUACUAA